CAUCUUAUUUCGUUCGCGGACGCGAGGAGGGGGGCUUAUGUCCUCACAGUGUUAAUCGUUGUUUGCCACCGCGGCCUAGGGUAAUCUGGAAUUUGUGUUUUAGAGAUAUGCGAAUGUUGUUGGUGUUGUAUCUGAGAUAGGGUUAUUUAGUCUGAAAUAAACAUUUGGAUGAGUGAGUGAGGUCCUCUCUCGCGCACCGUAGCUCUCCGUUUCUGUUACCCUAUCGGGGAGAGUUUCGGGUGUGUGGAAAUAGAAGAGCAAUUUCUUUUCGCAAAUUGACUUCAAGUGAAGGAAUAGGCAUCGCGUAUCUCUUGUGGAAAAGGGAGGGAGGUGCUUUUUGAACGCACAUCGUUUUCAUUUUCGACACACUUGUUCCAGUGGCUUCUGGAAGAAAACGGGACAUCUGCGACGUUUGCAGCCGAGGGACAUAUAGUGGCUUCGCGCUGUUUAUGUGAGCUAAAAGAUAAACUUUGCGCUCGGGGGAUUGCCGAGGGUAUUACUCGUCCCGAGGGAUUAGUUGGUUAGUGUACGGUUUACGGAGGGAUUUUUUCUGGAAUUCGAAGUGGACACGGGCGACCGAGGGCGAACAGAUCAGAACACACGUGAAUCUGCUCCACAGAUUCAGUGCUGACUGCGUGAAUGUACAUUAGAUACCUGGACUUGGGCGGAGCACAGGGGAGCUAAGGAUGGGCGCGAUGAAUUUUCAAGUCGUCGUGCUUGCCGGGGGCGGAGGGCUUUCGAAGAAGCUUAUCCCUUUGGUGAGCAAAGAUCUGCCAAAGGCGCUGUUGCCGGUGGGAAAUCGCCCGCUGAUUAGUUAUGUGUUGGAGCUCUUGGAGGCGAGUAACAUCAAGGAUCUUAUCGUCGUGGUGGCUGGCGAUGAAGCUGCAACUCAGGUCGAGAACUGGAUUUCAAAUGCUUUUGAUGAUCGCUUAAACGUAGAGGUAGUUUCAGUUCCCGAGGACCACGAAACUGCCGAUGCGCUCAGGAAAAUAUCUCAUCGGCUAACUGCAGAUGAUUUUCUUGUUGUUAGUGGGGAUCUUGUCAGUGAUGUGCCACUCGGGGCAGUCGCAGCAGCACAUCGGCGGCAGGAUGCUGUUGUUACGGCUCUCUUGUGCGGGCGUCCUAAACUGAACUCUUCCGAAGGCAGCACUGGGGGUUCCAGCAAGGAUAAAACGAAGCUGCCAGUUUCUGAUGUGAUUGGUCUGGAUUCUACGCAUCAGCACCUUUUGUUCCUUGCAUCUAGUGGACAAGUUGAGAAGGAGCUGAGGAUGAGGCGAUCGCUACUCCGUGUAGCUGGGAACAUGGAGAUCCGGACCGAUUUAGUGGAUGCACAUCUUUACGCCUUCAAGAGAGUUGUUGUCCAAGAGGUCUUAGAUUCCAGACCUGGAAUCAAAUGUAUAAAGCGCGAUUUGGUUCCUUUUUUAAUUCGAUCUCAACUCCGCCUCGGUUCUAGUCCAGUCACAGCAUCUGUUUCAGAAGAGGGUUCUGACCAGCCCCGAGGAGGGUCAUUGGAGAACGGGGUCGCUGCGGUCAGUUCCUUGACGGAUGAAGUUUCUACUCUGUUGCAGCGUGUGUGCUCGAUCAAGCCUUCCCCUUUGAAAUGCUGUGCAUAUGUGGCAAGCCCUGGCAAGUUUUGCGCACGAGUGAAUUCUUUGCAAGCUUAUGGAGAGGUGAAUCGAGCUGUUGCCGAUGAAGUUAUUCAUCUGACAGGCUAUAAAGUAUCUACCCACAACAACGUGGUUCACGAAACAGCUGCGACUGGUUCUAAGACCACUGUCGGACCUUAUUGUUUGGUUGGAGAGGGCUCAGAGAUGGGGGACAAAUGUAGGAUCAAACGUUCAGUCGUUGGAAGGCACUGUAGAAUAGGCUCCAAUGUCACGAUUGUGAACUCGGUGAUAAUGGAUUAUGUGACCAUUCAGGAUUUCUGUUCCAUUCAAAGCUCUGUAGUUUGCAGCAAUGCCUUAUUGCAAGAACGGUCGUCUCUGAAGGACUGCCAAGUUGAAGCAAGUUACCAAGUAGAGGCGAACCAGGAGUAUCGUGAGGAAGCCCUGGUAAAGAAGGAAAAAGCCUGAGUAAGCAUCUGUCUCCCACUUGAAAUCGUUCAAUCCUUUUUGAAGAAGAGAUCCUAGUGUAUAGCUGUACAUUCCCAAUUUUGAUCAGAAGAGCUGCGAGCACCUGCCAAAUAUGUUUGGCUCACUACUUUCCGAUAAUUUAGUCACCUGUUAUGCAGUGGUUUGGGAUGAUCGAUUUGAUACAGAUUCAUACCUGGUUGUAACAGUACGAAAUGUAUGGCUAUUGAUCUUAACGAGGUAAGUUGUUAAAACAGUAUUUUUUCCAGGAAGAAAACAAUGUUCCUGAUCGCUUACUUCUCUUGCAGUGGAAGUUUUGUAUUUUUUCUAGUUUGUUGAGC